CCGGCGGCUCAUAAAGGCGUCGGCGGUGCCGGAGCGCCUGAGCGUGAUGUCCCCGCCGGGCGCCGUCCCGCAGCCCCCGCGCCGCCCCGCCGAGCUGCGCAAGGUGAGCUCCGGUCUGCACGAGAACCGCCUCCGGCGAUGCCGGGCCGCCCUCACGGCCUCUUCUCCCCGCAGACCCUCAAGCCCCUCCUGGAGAAACGCCGCCGUGCUCGCAUCAACGAGAGCCUCAACCAGCUCAAAACGCUCAUCCUGCCGCUCGUCUGCAAGGACAGCUCCCUGUACUCCAAGCUGGAGAAGGCGGACAUCCUGGAGAUGACCGUGCAGUUCCUGAGGGAGGUGCCGGCCGCGCCCUCGGCCCCAGAGCCCUCUGAGAGUUUCCGCGCCGGAUACCGCGCCUGCCUGGCCGGCCUGGGCGCUCUGCUGGCCCCCGCGCCGCCGCUCCCCCCCCGCCACCGCCUCCCGGAGCCUCCACCGCCCGCCCACCCCAAGGCGGCCCCGUCGCCUCCUGCCGUCCCGCUCUGCGCCGCCCCCACCCCACUCUGGAGGCCCUGGUAGCCCCCCGCACACAGCUGUACAUAGCCCUAUUUAUUUGUACAGACCCCGCCGCCGGCCGGGGGACCCCCAGCCCUUUGUACAAAUAAACCUUUGGCCAAAGCUGAGCAGCAGUUGCCCCAGCAGCGCCGGCAUUGCCUCCCACUCCCACCCCUGGUGUGGCACCGCACCUGCCUGGGAGCUGUGAGGUGUCAGCAGCAGCCCUGGCAGCCAGUGUGGUCAACCUGCAGCCACAGCCACGGCUAAUUAACAGGCAAGCUAUGGCACGGGCCCCUUGAUGCAAUGGCCUGGCAGCGUUUGCACCCCGCUUCUGCGCCAGGCCUGGGCUUGUCCCUGCCCCAUACGUGGGCACACGGAGGCCUUGCCAGGUCCUGGCUGUGGAGGUGAUGCCCAUGGUGGGUGCACUCUGACAGCCCAGGACUCAGAGGAGCUGAGUGGGGCAUGCAUUGCAUCCAUGCUACCCAUAUUUCUUACUGGCUGACCUGCCACCUGUUGCCUAAAACCCCAGCAUUUCACAGAGCUCUCAGUUGGACCCACGAGUGCUGGGAAGAAGGGAACAGGAACUGAGCUGGGUGCCCACCUGCUUGGGCAGGUGCUGCACUGGCAUGAAGGCUGCAGACUCCCUGAGCCCCCUUCUGCCAUGCUCAGUGGCACAACAGCAGCUCAGUGCUCGGUUGGGAUGUGGAUCUUGGGGAGCUGGCAAUGGGGGCAGCCCCAUGCAAGGCUGCUGCCUGGGCACGCCACAGCCCUGCCACCCACGGGGGCGGUUGUGUGUAAGCAGUUUUGCUCAUCAGCAUUUCCAGCAGCUGAGCGCUGCCCGCGGCAUCCAAGGGCUGAAGCAGAGCCCUGCGUGAGCGUGGGAACAGAGCAGAGCAGUGUGCCCAGGCCAUGCACACGUGUCUGCAAUGCUGCAGGGCUCACUUGCGGGCCUCGGGUGCGCCAUACUGCACCGCGGGUCGGCGCGGGAGCCAAUGGCCGUGCUCUGCCCCGUGUGGGGCGGGGGUGGCGGUGAAGAUGCUGCGCUCCUGGGCACUUUUGGCUGGACUGUGCACCGAGGGACGGGUGGAGGCAAUGAGACCCCCGGCCACGGGGCAGCGUGGGAGAUCCGCGCGCCUCUGGGAUCAGGAGCACCGCAGGGGCGUCUCGACCUCAACGUGGCGGUGAGAGCCCUCCCGGGGCACGGGAGGAGCGCCGAGGGAGCGGCCCGGGGGCAGGGAAGCGCGGGGCGGGCCGGGGGCACGACCUCGGUGCCGGCUGCGCCCAGGGAGCGGCUUCGGCCCGCGGGAGCUGUC